AUGGCUCACCAAUUUUACGACGGAAGCAUUGUGACGGCCAAGGCCAUCCUCAGCUCGCUGUCCCACAUACUCCAUAAAGCAGAAGAGCAACGCACCGAUGCUAGCACUCUGCUCGACGCCCGUCUAAUCGAUGACAUGUACCCGCUGAGCGACCAAGUCCGGGUUGCAACCCAGUUUUCGGAGAAUCUUGUCGCAAGAUUGACCGGACGGGAGCCCGUGACGUUUGAACCCAAGCCCUCGACAUUUGCCGAGUGCUAUGAGCGCAUCGAGACGGUGCUAAAAUCGCUCAACGAGGCCGACAAGGACACCGUCAACCAAUAUGGCGACAAGAUUGAACUUACUAAACUGGGCCCACUCAAGUCGGUGGAGAUGAGCGGCGCUGCGUACGCUCAUACCGUGGCCUUGCCGAAUCUCUACUUCCACGUUACUACCGCAUAUGGCAUUCUUCGCAAGGAGGGGGUGCCGGUCGGCAAGCUGGAUUAUUAUGCCGGCUUCUUUCCCCAGUUAGGUACUGCGGAAAGGUAG